UUGGCGCGCCUUCUGUCUGCGCUGGGGAAGCCCUAGAGGUGCUGUGGUCUUAAAGGGCCAGGCGCGCCUUUUGCGCCCUGUCCUUCUCUUCCUGAGGCUUCGAAGAAGGAGCGCUUCCUGCAGCCAUGCGCUCCAUCAGAGCCGUGUCCAGGCUGUGGCAGCCUCGCCGGGGGACCCAGGGCCAGUGGGGACAAGGAGCGGGGCUCCCCGGGGUCUCCUCCUGGACUCUGGGCAGAGAGGCGGUGGUGAAUGGCCGGCACCAUUUGCAGCAGCCACAGCAGCCCAUGCCCGACCAGGAUCUGUCUGCAAACGGGAUGCUGCCCCGUCUCAGUGACCUUCUGUUCUACACAGUCGCCGAGGGACAGGAGAGCAUUUCUGUCCAUAAAUUCAUCAGUGCUUUGCAAGGCACUGGCCUUUGGACCUCAGACCCCCGCCUCCGUGACUGCAUGGAUCUGAUGUGGAAAGCAGCUCAGGACGCCAGCACUGGAGGGACUCUGAACAGGGAGCUUUUUCAGAGGUGUGUGAGCAGCAAUAUUGUCCUAUUGACCCAGGCUUUUAGGAGGAAAUUUGUCAUCCCUGACUUUCAGGAAUUCAUCUCUCAUGUGGAGCAGAUUUUUGAGAAGACCAAAGAGCUCCAGGACGGCAAGGUGGCAAAUUACAUCCCACAGCUGGCCAAAUGUAAUCCAGACAUCUGGGGUGUUUCACUUUGCACAGUAGAUGGACAACGGCAUUCCAUGGGCCACACCAAGACCCCCUUCUGCUUGCAGUCAUGUGUGAAACCCCUGAAAUAUGCAAUUGCUGUUAACGAACUGGGUACCAAACCAGUGCAUCAGUAUGUGGGCAAAGAACCCAGUGGGCGGCGCUACGACACACUCUCUCUCAAUGAGGAAGGGAUUCCACAUAACCCCAUGGUGAAUGCAGGGGCCAUUGUCAUCAGUUCUCUCAUUAAGAUGGGCUGCAACAAAGCUGAGAAAUUUGACUAUGUAGUGGAUUACUUGAAGAAACUGGCAGGAAAUGAGUAUGUUGGAUUCUGCAAUACCACGUUUCAGUCAGAGAAAGAAACAGGAGACCGAAAUUAUGCCAUUGGAUAUUACCUGAAAGAAAAAAAGGUAACAAAGGAGGAGGAGAUGGGAGGAAUGAACAAGAGACAAGAAUCCAGGAUAAAGUGCAACUUGAUGGGUGUUGCAAUUUGGGAUGGGAUGUAUUAUUAUUCUCAAUGUCUAAUGCAGUUCUCCUCUUCUUUCAUCUGUACACUAAAGUGUUUUCCACGAGAGGUAGACAUGAUGGCAGCCCUUGACUUGUACUUCCAGCUGUGUUCUGUGGAAGCGACCUGUGAGUCCGGUAGUGUCAUGGCAGCCACACUGGCCAACGGUGGGAUCUGUCCUAUCACAGGGGAGUAUGUCCUGAGUGAUGAAGCUGUCCGCAACACCCUCAGCCUCAUGCACUCAUGUGGCAUGUAUGACUUUUCAGGGCAGUUUGCCUUCCAUGUGGGCCUUCCUGCCAAGUCUGCAGUCUCCGGGGCCAUUCUGCUGGUGGUGCCCAAUGUCAUGGGUGUGAUGUGUCUCUCACCUCCUCUGGAUAAAGGUGGCAACAGCACACGAGGGAUUGGAUUUUGUCAGGAGCUGGUAUCACUCUUCAACUUCCACAACUAUGACAAUUUGCAGCACUGUACUCGCAAAAUGGACCCACGCCGUGAAGGAGAUGAAGUGAGGAACAAGACUGUUGUAAACUUGCUCUUUGCUGCCUACAGUGGAGAUCUCUCUGCCCUUCGGAGAUUUGCUCUGUCAGCCAUGAACAUGGAGCAGAAAGACUAUGAUUCCCGCACAGCUCUACAUGUAGCUGCAGCCGAAGGGCAUCUAGAGGUCGUGAAGUUUCUGGUGGAGGCCUGCAGAGUCAAUCCCUUUGUCAAAGACAGGUGGGGAAACAUUGCCUUGGAUGAUGCUAUCCAAUUUAAUCAUUUGGAGGUGGUGAAACUGCUCAAGGAUUACCAGGACACAUACAUCCUGGGAACCAGACAAGCUGAAGAAGCAGCUGAAGAUCUCUCCAAAGAGAAUUUAGAAAGUAUGGUGUGAGAUUGGUCUGCAGAUGCAAGUAAGCGCUGCUGCCUAGGCUGCAUGCAUUUAAGGGCCAAGACAGAGGAGAGAAGAUGUCUAUAUGGUUUUCUUUUUCUUUCAAUGCUGGCACACAAAAACAAACAAACAAACAAGUGGCACCAUACUGAGGUCUUUGACUUUUCCCUUUACAUCAGGUGUUGGAGGAAGGCAAAGUAGAUUUGUGGGAUUUGUUAUAGAUCCCUAUGACCAAAAAAUAUUCAGCAACUGCAACAACAUGAGUUAUUCCAUUCUAAAUUUUACUACUAAAAUAAAAAAAGUGGGAUAACUAGGAGUGGAUAUUUAUGUGGAAAGAAUAUAGGCUGUUUUAGUACUUUAGACAGAUUUAUGGGCUAAAUAUUCUUGCAUUUUGUGUAUUUUGUAGAAGAUUCCAGUUGGUGGAACUUGAAUUUUUAGUUAAAGAACCAAGCACCACCACUGAUCUUGCACUUUUUAAACUUUCCUAUGUUAUUUUUUCCAUGGAAGCUCUCCCUUUUCUUGACACAUAAUGCAUAGCUAUUUGACUCAUUUGAGAACAUAUACGAAUCUGGUCCUCUUGGAAGACUUUUCAACUGCUCCUGAAAAAAUAUAAUAAAAUUUCACUAGAUAUUCUCUGAA